CAUUCAAAUUGUCAGGCGCCACUUUGGCCAGAUGAGAAAAGAAGAGCGGCCACUGCAGCAGGUGUUUCCAGGUGUUCUGGACAAAGGCGGCAGGGUGAAGGCUGAGCAGGGACGGACCCUGUGUUAUUAGCGGAGACAGAGAGGUGUUUUAGUGACUCACACAGGUUCGUGGAGCUGCGUGAACUUUUAUUUUCAGUGUGCCACUCUGCAGCGUGCGCAGCAGAACGAUCACAAUAAUCGGUGGGCACAAGUAGAGUGCUACCUGUGGCGAUAAUGAGCAGUCUGAGAAGUUACUGCGAAAUAAUACUCCAGCAUCUGCCGCGCACAUUUGUGGCUUGACAGCAUUCUCAACAUCAGCGACUGCAGAUGCUGCAGAUACCUGCUGGUUCAGGUGUCUGCAAAGAGACUCAUCUUAAGAAAGUUUUUUUUUUUUUUUCCAUGACACGCCUCCGAUUUGGAAGACGAACAAAAACAUCGAUAAGGAGGAAUGUGUUAUCGGUGCGUUGCACCAUAUUGCACCGCAAGCUGCGCUCAUUCUGGACACCACAGGUUGCAACGCGCCGCUGGACAGGAAUCGUCACGCCGUCUGCCGCAGGGGAAAUAACCCCAGUGCGUCAUCACGAUGAUCCAUGAUCCAUAAUUGGUGCACACAAAAAAAAGAGACAUAUGGAAACACCGGAUAACAGAAUUCAGUUCCUGGGUUGGAGGAACAGACAACACCAUCUCACACUGUCCAGAUUUUAUGUAUCUUUUUGAAAUGUAUUUUUUGUUUUUGGGAUAAGAAGAAAUAUGUCAUUUUUGUGUUCAGCAGCUCCUUUAAACUUUUAUCUGGUGUCACAUAAGGAUAGCUGAGAAAAAACAAACAAACAAAAAACAAACAAACAAAAAACAAAAAACAGAUAAACGUUCAGCACAUCCUUCAAAUUCCCAGCAGAAUAAUUCAUCCAACAAGCGGUUGAACAGAGAAUGUUAAAAAAAAUAAUAAUAAAAUAAAAUAAGACAAAAACGUGUAAUGUGAAAAAAGACAACAUGAUUCCAUGCUGGUGUUCAGGGGUGGAGCAGCCCCUCCCUGUGGUUUAUAGAGCGAUCAAACCCACCCGGCUGACAGUGUCGCCUGUCACUGUGCGCGUCAGGGCGGAGGAAUGAAGCGGACUGAAGCAACAGCUGCACACACUGCAGUGGAGACGCUCAGAGACAUGAGAUCCUCAUUAACCUCCUCCUAAUUGCAGGUGAGCUAUAUAUAUAGAUACAUAUACAUCUGCGUUUCAAACUGGUUCAAUUCUUAAUUGUUAUGGUGCAAUAAGAGGGUGGGAUAAUUAAAGAGGAACGGGUAGAAAGUUCAGCAAACAACCGGCACCCCUUUCCUCUCCUGUGCUGAUUUACUAUGUCAUUUCUGAUUUUGAUUUUCCUUGUGUUAAGUGCCAUUGCCAUUUACGAUCACUUUGCAUGCCUCUGAGUGUCAGAUAAGGAUAAGUAACCUGGCGUCGGGGCAUUUUUUUGUGUGCGCUAUAAUUAAAGCUGCAUGUGCCAGCAAUCUGGAUACAGGUGCUGCUGACGCGCAGCAUGGCACGGAGACAACAUUUCAGUGGUCAUGUUUUUUUGCUUUUUGUUUUUUUUCCCCCUCUCUCAGUGUCAGCAGUUGAAGUUCAUGGAGAAGACACAAAAAGUCUGAGAGCAGCCUGGAUCGUUAUUUGUGUCUCUCCGGUGAUCAUCAUGUUCCACCAGCUGACGGAUCAGGCGCUGAAUGACAGCUGCCCGGGACUCGCGUCCGUGUGCAAUAGGAGCGCUGAUGGAGACGCGCUCCAGCUGCCCACUUUCUCCACCGCGGCCAAAGUCAGAGUCAUCAUCACCUUCACUCUGUGCGCGGUGUCCGCCGUGUGCAACUUGGUCGUGCUCUGGGCUGCGAGCAACGGCGGCAAGCGCAAGUCACACGUCCGGAUCCUGAUAAUGAACCUGACGGUGGCGGACCUGCUGGUGACUUUCAUCGUGAUGCCUGUGGACGCGGUGUGGAACAUCACGGUGCAGUGGCAGGCGGGGGACGUCGCCUGCAGGCUGCUGAUGUUCAUGAAGCUGGUGGCGAUGUACUCCUGCGCGUUUGUGACUGUGGUCAUUAGCUUGGACAGGCAGUCAGCCAUACUCAACCCUCUGGGCAUCAGCGAGGCCAAGAGGAAAAGCAAAAUCAUGCUGACUGUGGCCUGGACGAUGAGCGUGGUCCUCUCCCUCCCGCAGAUGUUUAUAUUUCACAACGUGACCAUCACGGUCCCGGAGAACUUCACCCAGUGCACCACCCAUGGCAGUUUUGUCCAGCACUGGCAGGAGACCCUCUACAACAUGUUCACCUUUGUGUGCCUCUUCCUGCUGCCUUUGGUCAUCAUGAUCUUCUGCUACACGCGAAUCCUUAUCGAGAUAUCCAGCCGCAUGGCCCGGAAUAACCUGCUGUCGAGAGAUGUGCAUCUCCGCCGCUCUCACAACAACAUCCCCAAAGCGCGGAUGCGGACUCUUAAGAUGAGCAUUGUCAUCGUGACGUCCUUCAUCAUCUGCUGGACUCCGUACUACCUGCUGGGCCUGUGGUACUGGUUGUUCCCCGAAAAAAUGGAGGAGACGGUCUCUCACUCGCUCACCCACAUGUUGUUUAUCUUUGGCCUCUUCAACGCCUGUCUGGACCCCAUCACUUACGGUCUGUUCACCAUUCACCUCCACCAGGGUCUGAAGGGAUGCUUCCGUAGAGCUAAUGCGAGGACUGACACGGAAAGAAACACUUGCCUCGUGCACAUGAACCGUCUGUCAUCUCACAGGCGGAUCGCCUCAGGUGGCCACAGCAGAAACAUAGAGGAAAAUGGCGACAGCGACCACAGAAAAAGUGCCGUGAGGCCUGUAAUGUCAGUAAGCAAGAUAUAACAGCUUAAAGAAUUUCAGACAAAAGAAUCUCUCCUCUCUGAACCAGCGUCAAGCUUAGUUUUUUUUUUUUUGUCUUUUGCAAGUGCACAAAAAUCCAGCGCUCUGUUGUCGGGUGAAUCUGUUCAUCUUUUGUUCCGCUGAUGUAAUCGAUGACCUGGUUCGUUCACACAUUAUGUAUCCUGGAUGCGGCAGACGGAUGCUUGUCAUUGAAUUUAAAACCGGAAUGACUGACUGAUUGUACACAAUGUCUCACGAACUGCUGAUCGGAUUUUCAAACCAAGCUCAAAGAGCCAUGUGGGAAGGUUUAAAUUCAAGCUGAGCUGAUGACAAAUCGGCUUAAAGUUGCCACAGAUAGAGUUAAAAAUGUCUUGCACCCACAGGUUCUCACACCGCGCUUCGUGACAGCGGGUUUCAAAUUGGGUUAUACUGGUCUGAUUAUUUGAUUUCCUGUUUCAUUCGAUGUGCCACUGAAAAAAAAAUACGUGUAUGUGAUUAAAAAUAACAUUAAGAUAUGAAUCAUCUGCGGUUAUGAAUAUAAUUGCUGCACUGAAAUUGAAAAAGAUAUUUAAUUUGGGAAGCUGCGUUGUGUGACACUUCUUUUGUUAUAUUUUCAUAUUUUCAUUGAAUGUCAAAGGUUUUUUUUUUUUUUUUGCCUUCCUCUGCUAAUCAUCUGACUGGAAAUUGCUUGAAGCUGUCAUUAGUCCUGCUGUGUGUGCAAUAUAAAAAGACUGUGAUUUUCUUUCAUCACAAAAAUGAAUGUUAAGACAUGAACAUUAUCGACCAUGAUGGCCUUUUCAACCUAAUGUUAUAGCAACAGUUCUAUAUAUUGAAUGUAGCUGUGCAGCAUGUUGCAAAUGUGUAAUUGACUGUGCGAUCUGUCCGAGAUCAAUCUUGUGUUUAAUGUGGUGCACAAAGGUCGCUCUGCUGUAUUACUGUAUUCUGUGUAAGUACAAGUGUUACUGGAGUUGUUAUGUUGUGGAUUGCGUUGCUUUUUUUGUGAUCUGAAACUGUGAUGUCGUAAAGUUCACAGUGAACAAAUACAGUAAUUUAAUUUUUUUUUUGCAUGUGUGUUUGUAUGAUAUUGUUUCUCUAUUGUGUGUCAUGGAAUAUAUAUAUAUUGUAUUAUUGUACAUCUGCAGUAUGUUUAUCUGUUGAAUAAAAACAACUCUGUCUUU